AUGGACUUCUCAAAGUGGCCGUUUUUGCUGGCGGUCCUGGCCGCGUGGUUGGGUUCGGUGCGUCCGUCCGUCCUUCAAGAGGACAGCACGACGAGAAACUUUGAAGAUGACUUCAAUCGGAUUAUGCAAGUGAUGGCGCAAGUAGGCAUGCCGCUCAUCUCGGACCUUGUGACAAGACCCGAGAUCUCAGGGCCCUGCUCAGUGAGCCUCUUGAAGACCUUCAUGGGCCUGCAGCAACAGAAAGGAUGGGCUCUAAGAAUGGCGAUGUCCAACGGCCUGCUGUCUUCUAACCUGCUCGAAGGUUCUUUCGUGAGCAUCGGCGGCUACGAGCAGUGCCUCAACACCCGAGUGUACUCGUCGGACGGACAGCUCUACUUCAAGGGCCAGUACUGCUCCGUCUAUGUUGAUACCAGAGGAUUUAAGAAGUUGAUCGUCAAACUUCAGGAAGCGGGGGAACUUACGGGACGAUUUGACCCUCUACAGAUGACGUCAAGUGAUACCUUUCAAAGCAUAGACAUCCGACAUUCGAUCUGCACGCCGUCAUUGUGCACGACAGAAGAUAUAGAUUUCUUUGUACGAUCACUGCUGCACGUCUACGGAAUGAACGGCACUGUGAGAGGAUGCAGAACGGACGACCCAAAAGAGAUUUCAGCUCUUCAAGCACUGUCAAUGGCAAUCAUUUGUCUGCUGCUUGUGCUUGUUGCCCUGGGUACUGUAUUGGAAUGGCUCCUACAAAAGAGCUAUGAUACGAAGAAAGUACGCGGACUUCCAUUGCGCAUCAUGCUCAUGUUCUCUGCCAUCACUAAUACUCGGUUCCUGUUGCGUACGGAAACCAAGGCCACGAGUAAGCCUAUCCAGUUCGUCUCUGGUCUGAAGGUGAUCAUGGCCUUCUGGGUUGUACUCGGACAUGCCUACCUUCUUGUCAACAGUGGAUUCUUCAACUCCGUGUAUGCUUCGGCCGGCGCAGCGGAGAACAUCACGUUUCUUUUCAUCCCGAAUGGAUUCUUGAGCGUGACAACCUUCUUCCUCAUCAGUGGUUUCCUGCUUUCAUACUUACUGACCUCCUCUCGUGAGGUCACUCUGAAGAAAAACAUUUUACUUGUCUACAUAGUGCCGUCCAUCAGACGAUACAUGAGAUUAACAAUCCCCAUGCUCGUCGUCGUACUGGCGGCUUUUUUGCUGCCAUUGAUUUCGAGCGGGCCGGCGGAUGAUGAAACCUUCACCCAGAUGAUCCGCGGAUGCAUCACUGGAUGGUGGAAGAUAAUCAUACACACCAACAAUUUUGUGAAAGACCGUACUAUGUGUUUACCGCACUUAUGGUAUGUCAGUGCUGACAUGCAGAUAUUUGUUCUAGUGGCAUUUCCGUUGGCUCUGUUCUCCUUGAGGUUUCCGAAAACGGCGUGCGGCUUUGCAGUGGCCAUUGUGUUAGGCUUUUCUGCCCUAACUAGCUUUCAAAUUCACUCAUGGAACCUGCUUUACGGAUUUAGCUUUGGGACUUACGAUGCAGGGAGAUUGGACCGCGCGAUGUCUUUGAUAUACCUUCGUCCCUUCACGCACGUUGGCUCAUACCUCAUCGGAGUGAUGUGCGGUCAUACGGCCGUCCAGUGCAAAGACAAGUCAAUUCAUCCGAUUGUGCAGGCACUUCUUUGGCUUGUUUCAACGGUACUGGCUAGCUUCGUUCUUCUCGCCACGUAUCCAUGGAACAGGGGGAACCUGCCCGACGACAUCCCAAACGCAAUCUAUGGGGGCUUCCAUCGUCCUCUCUGGGCCGUAGCCUUUUUCUGGCCCAUGUACGCCUGUGCCACGGGACGAGGAGGAUUCCUGAACGGCUUCUUCUCGUGGAACUUCUUUAUACCACUCUCUCGGCUGGCGUUUUCCAUCUAUCUGGUCCAAGCGCUAGUUUUUCAUCUUCGCAUGAUGCGGUUGAGAACCUACCUUAACGCCGAUGAAUUCUUUCAGUUCACAACGUCGCUCGGCGUUUUCGCCCUGAGCAUCUUCUUCGGCUACGUGCUCCACCUGACCGCCGAGGCUCCCGUCAUUCAACUUGAAAAACUGAUCUUCGGACCAACCAAAGACAAGAAAGCUUCAGAAACAAACGGCAAACCUUUCUUUGCCGCCGAUUCAGAAAAGUCACAGCUAUGA